AUGUUUAAUGCCCCCCGUCCAUCGCGGCCGUACGGCACAUCCUCGACGAACGGAUUCGGUGGCAGUUUUGUGAACGAGAAUCCCCUUGCAAAUUCUAUCUACGACGACGGCCUUGAUCCAUGGAGUAGCGCACCUAGCCCAGCUCUCCCAGCUCUUCCCUCCUUCCCGUCAACUUCUACCGGAUUCAGCUCAGUAAUAGGUGAGGCAACCGUACCAGCAAUUUACCAUCAAGCUUUCGCGGCGGUCGAUGGUGCCAAUUCCGGAGAAACAUCCGUCAAUGCUCUGUCACGAGUUCUUGGGACUUCAUCCCUCUCCGCAUCUACGAUAGACAGAAUUGUGAGCUUGGUCAGCUCUCGUCCGCGUGUGUCGAGAUUGGAGUUCUUUGUUGCUCUGGCACUAGCUGCCCUCGCUCAGGGUAGUAGAGACAUGAGUAUUGAACGGGUCGCUGCCUUGGCACAGGAGGACUCUUUACCCGUUCCAAGUCUCGAUUUGACCUCAUUAGUGCCGUCAACAUCAAAUUUUGGACAGUAUCCUAGUACUGAGACUGCUCGUUCGCUGCCCGCGCGUGGGUAUUCUACCGAGGACCCAUGGAGUACGGCGAAAUUUCCAGCAGCCCCGCCACAUACAACCAACGGGGCGGGCGAUGGCCUAUCAAACGGAAUCCCUUCCAGCAUUUCUGGCACUGGAUUACCCAAGGAGUGGUGGAAGAAGCAGGAAACCGUAUAUGUCAAUAUCCUAGGGCAGCAAGGUUUCCUCUUAAAUCGAUAUCUCGUCUAUGAAAUCUCGACUGAUCGAGGCGCUCCUGUUCCAAGACGCUAUUCAGAAUUUGUUUUCCUGUGGGACUACUUGGUCAAGCGUUAUCCUUUCCGCUUACUUCCCGCAUUGCCACCAAAGCGUUUAGGGCCCGACGAGAGCUUCAUCGAGCAACGCAGGAAGGGCUUAGCAAGAUUUUUGAAUUUCGUAAUCAAUCAUCCUAUAGUCAAGGACGAUGGGCUGCUGGCGAUAUUCCUCACGAAGCCUUCGCUUGAGUCUUGGCGUAAAGAGAACCCGCAGAUUUCUUACGACGAGGAGUCUGCCAACAAGCGCGUCGACAGCGUGGAAGAGAUGAGCAUUCCUAGUGAUCUGGACGACAAAUUGGUGUCGGUCCGUGGCAAAAUAGGUUUCCUCCUUGAACACUGGCAGCGAAUUUGCCUGUUGGCGGAACGAGUCAUCAGGCGCCGCGAAGCAGAAGCGGUACGCCUUACUCCUCUCGUCCGGCGGUCGUACCUACCGGCUCAUUUCGCCUUCCCUCCGUUCCCUCCGUCUCCCACUUCCUCCUCGUCUGAUGCGGAUUCAUCAUCGUCCAUCCUUUCGGCGUUGGGCGUUGGUACACCUCGUGUUCGGGAACCGCAGGCGGACUUGGCCAGACUGACGAACACGAUGAAGAGCUUGGUUGAAGUCAACGAACGAUGCUGGCGGGGCGACGAAUGCGACUUGUGCACGGGCGUUAGGCAGGGACUCGCCCACGUUUCCUCGCAUCUGCAGAAGCAUUCCGAUUUGCUGGAACAUCGGUCUCGUACGAUGUUGUAUUCCACCUUGGAAUCUUUGAAGAGCCAGCGCGAUCUAUAUAUCGCUCUUAGGGAUUUAUAUAUCCGGCACGACAAGUUGUCGGGCGAUCAGGUUGACCGCAUGAAGAAGCGCGUAGAGGUCAACUCAUUGAAGCUCGAAAAUGCGAAGCAAAGCAAGAAAGAUGGCUGGGAACAAGAUGCGGACAAGUUCACGGUCCUUAUCGAAAAAGACCAAAACGACAUAGCCAUUGCUCUUAAACGGAGAGUCUUCAUACGUGCAUGCAUGUGGCACGAACUGCGGGUGGUGUUGCAUAAUCGCGAAAAUGCUCUUCUAACUCAGGCCGUCAAGCUGUUCUCUCGCGAUGAAUCCGAGUUUUCAGAGAGUGUGAUGUCGAACUGGAGUUCGCUGACGGAGGCGGUGGAGGGCAUGCCGUUUGAAUAA